CGAUAGCAAAAACAGCAAAAAGGGAAGAUGGCAAGACUCUUAUUACUUUCUCUCCCCGGUCUUGUGGCCAUAUGUGCCGUGCAUGGAAUAUUUAUGGACAGACUUGCUUCCAAGAAGCUGUGUGCAGAUGACGAGUGUGUGUAUACUAUUUCUCUGGCCAGAGCUCAAGAAGAUUUCAAUGCCCCCGACUGUAGGUUCAUUAAUGUUAAAAAAGGGCAGCAGAUUUAUGUUUACUCAAAGCUGGUAAAAGAAAAUGGAGCUGGAGAAUUUUGGGCUGGCAGUGUUUAUGGAGAUGGCCAGGAGGAUGAGAUGGGAACCGUGGGGUAUUUCCCCAGCAGCUUGGUAGAGGAGCAACAUGUGUACCAAGAAGCUACCAAGGAAGUCCCCACCACGGAUAUUGACUUCUUCUGUGAGUGAGCAAGUAGACAAACCUGCAAAUAGAAAGGAAACAUCAAGAAA